AUGAGCGGUGGAACGCCUGCAUGGCUUUUGAACAGCGGAAAUCCAAGGGGUGGAAUUCUCAGGACAAUUCUCAGCGACAUAAACGGAAUGGCGUAUCACGAAGAAAUUUCCAGGCUCCUAAAUGAGGCUGCUUUUAUCACGCGAGUAAACUAUGCAACAAAAGUAGCGAUGGCAGUCUUUCUUUUCCUGCGCAGCAAAGCCAUUCCUAUACUGAUAGAAGAUGUGCUCGUGUACUGCGGGUGUAAUAAAAUGGGGUUUAUCUCGUUACUGGCAAAAAAUCGGGGAGUCGUUAUCAAUUCAUCAGUUUCUGUUGACUAUGUGAUGAACGUCCUAAACCGGGUGCACUCCUGCUUCAAGAGCCAGAUAAAGCAAAGCUACGAGGGCAUUCGGGAGAAGGUUUUGAUUCUCUACGGGCAGAACUACUACCACAACAAGUCUCCACUCACUUCUAUCCUUAUCCUGUGCUUCCACAACAACAAGAAAAAGGUGAAUAAGAUCGUGAAAGAGCACUACAGCACAAUAACAACGUACAGCAUAAACAAGGAAAUGCUGAGGAUAUCCGAGGUCCUGGAAGGGUGCGAGCACGAGUUCGAGAAUGUUUCCGAAGACGAAGAAACCGAGAACGAAGACCCUUUCUACGUGCAGAAGGAGAGGAAGCUGAAAAACGAGCUGAGAAAGAAGAUCCGGGAGAGGGAGAAAGAGGCCAAGAUAGAGCGAGCCAUGAAUCUGUACGCAGACAAGCUGGGAGAAAACACAAGCUAUGCCACCGACUAUGAAGGCCUUUUGAUAGAGGGCAUGGUCAAACAGGGCUACACAAAAGACACCAUAAUGAGCCUAACAUACAAAGGUAUGGAGUAUUAUAGUCCAUACAAAUAA